AUGGAGGCUAAUGCUGGAAUGGUGGCUGGUUCGCACAAGAGAAAUGAGUUUGUUAUGAUCCGCCAUGAAGGAGAAGUUGGGCCUAAGCCUAUUAAGAAUUUGAACUCCCAAGUAUGUCAAAUAUGUGGAGACACUGUGGGGCUCACAGCUUCAGGGGAGCCAUUUGUGGCCUGCAAUGAGUGUGCCUUCCCAGUUUGUCGCCCUUGCUACGAGUAUGAGAGGAAAGAUGGGAACCAGUCUUGUCCUCAAUGCAAAACUAGAUACAAGAGGCAAAAAGGGAGUCCCAGAGUUGAGGGUGAUGAUGACGAAGAGGAUAUUGAUGACUUGGAAAAUGAAUUCAAUUAUCGCGGGAAUGGCAAUUCGAAGCGGCAGUGGCAGAUGUAUGGACAGGGUGAAGAUGCUAAUUUAUCGGCUUCUUCCGGGCCCAAUUCUCAACAACCAAUACCCCUUCUCACCAAUGGUCAGCAGAUGUCAGGAGAAAUACCAGAUGCCACACCUGAACACCAACCCAUGGCAACACUAAAUUCAGGUCCAUUAAGCUCUGGAGAGAAACGUUCACUUCCUUAUAUCGAUCCUAGCUUGCCAGUGCCUGUCAGAAUUGUUGAUCCAACCAAGGACCUAAACUCUUAUGGCCUUGGAAAUGUUGACUGGAAGGAAAGAGUCGAAGGUUGGAAACUUAAACAGGAAAAAAAUAUGAUGCAGAUGACCAGUCGUUAUACUGAUGGGAAAGGAGAUAUGGAAGGGACUGGUUCGAAUGGGGAGGAUUUGCUAAUUGCUGAUGAUGCUCGCCAACCUCUAAGCAGGGUCGUGCCCAUUCCAUCUUCCCAGCUUACACCCUAUCGGGUUGUCAUUAUACUCCGUCUGAUUAUCUUGGGCUUUUUCUUGCAAUAUCGUGUGACACACCCUGUGAAUGAUGCCUAUCCCCUGUGGCUGGUCUCUAUUAUAUGUGAGAUCUGGUUUGCUUUGUCGUGGCUUCUUGAUCAGUUCCCAAAAUGGUUUCCAGUCAACCGUGAAACCUACCUUGAUAGACUUGCUCUGAGGUAUGACAGAGAAGGGGAGCCUUCCCAAUUAGCUCCUGUUGAUGUUUUUGUUAGUACGGUGGAUCCUCUGAAAGAGCCCCCCCUUGUCACAGCAAACACUGUGCUCUCCAUUCUUGCUGUGGAUUACCCUGUUGACAAGGUUUCCUGUUAUGUUUCUGAUGAUGGUUCAGCAAUGUUAACUUUUGAAGCCCUUUCUGAGACAUCUGAAUUUGCAAGAAAGUGGGUACCUUUCUGCAAGAAACAUAACAUUGAACCGAGGGCUCCUGAAUUUUAUUUUGCUCAGAAAAUAGAUUACUUGAAGGACAAAAUACAGCCAUCUUUUGUGAAAGAACGGCGGGCAAUGAAGAGGGAAUACGAGGAGUUCAAAGUAAGAAUCAAUGCUUUAGUUGCCAAGGCACAGAAGACCCCUGAGGAAGGUUGGACAAUGCAGGAUGGAACUCCAUGGCCUGGAAAUAACCCUAGAGAUCAUCCUGGCAUGAUUCAGGUAUUUUUGGGCCAUAGUGGUGGACUUGAUACAGAUGGGAAUGAGCUCCCUCGUCUUGUUUAUGUCUCUCGUGAGAAGCGACCAGGCUUUCAGCAUCAUAAGAAAGCUGGGGCAAUGAAUGCUUUGAUUCGAGUAUCGGCUGUCUUAACCAAUGGAGCCUUCCUUCUAAAUGUGGAUUGUGAUCAUUACUUCAAUAACAGCAAAGCUCUUCGUGAAGCGAUGUGCUUCAUGAUGGACCCCGUCCUUGGAAAGAAAACCUGCUAUGUUCAGUUCCCACAGAGGUUCGAUGGCAUCGAUCUGCACGAUCGAUAUGCUAAUCGUAACAUUGUCUUUUUUGAUAUAAACUUGAAGGGUCUGGAUGGCAUUCAGGGUCCAGUGUAUGUGGGAACUGGGUGUUGCUUCAACAGGCAAGCUUUGUAUGGGUAUGACCCAGUCCUGACUGAGGCUGAUUUAGAGCCCAACAUCGUCUUCAAAAGCUGUUGUGGUCCAAGAAAGAGGGGAAAGAACAAAAAGUACAUUGACAAAAAGCGAGCAAUUGCGCGCACUGAAUCCACUAUUCCCAUCUUCAACAUGGAUGACAUGGAGGAAGCUGUAGAAGGCUAUGAGGAUGAGAAGUCCCUCCUUAUGUCUCAGAAGAGCUUAGAGAAGAGGUUUGGCCAGUCCCCUGUUUUCAUCGCAUCCACCUUUAUGGAACAAGGUGGCAUUCCCCCAUCUACAAAUCCUGCAUCACUCCUGAAAGAAGCCAUCCAUGUAAUCAGCUGUGGUUAUGAAGACAAAACUGAAUGGGGAAAAGAGAUUGGGUGGAUUUAUGGAUCGGUCACAGAAGAUAUCUUGACUGGAUUUAAGAUGCAUGCGAGAGGAUGGAUUUCCAUCUAUUGCAUGCCCCCAAGACCAGCAUUCAAAGGGUCUGCACCUAUCAAUCUUUCUGAUCGUCUGAACCAAGUGCUUCGAUGGGCUUUGGGUUCAGUUGAGAUUCUUCUCAGUAGGCAUUGCCCCAUAUGGUAUGGCUACAGUGGCCGGCUGAAGGUUUUGGAGAGACUGGCUUAUAUCAAUACCAUUGUUUACCCACUCACCUCAUUGCCCCUUGUUGCAUACUGUGUUCUCCCUGCUGUUUGUCUACUUACUGGGAAAUUCAUCAUUCCUGCGAUAAGCAACUAUGCUAGCAUGUGGUUCAUCCUUCUCUUUAUCUCCAUUUUUUCCACCGGUAUCUUGGAGCUUCGAUGGAGUGGAGUAGGUAUCGAGGAUUGGUGGAGAAAUGAGCAAUUUUGGGUUAUUGGUGGUACCUCUGCCCAUCUCUUUGCUGUCUUUCAAGGCCUUCUUAAAGUUCUUGCUGGUAUAGAUACCAACUUCACGGUUACAUCAAAGGCCUCAGAUGAGGAUGGAGACUUUGCUGAGCUUUACGUUUUCAAAUGGACCGCUCUUCUCAUCCCUCCCACAACUGUGCUUCUUAUAAACAUGGUGGGAAUAGUAGCUGGUGUUUCUUAUGCUAUAAACAGUGGAUACCAAUCUUGGGGUCCCCUGUUUGGUAAGCUCUUUUUUGCUCUUUGGGUUAUUGUUCAUCUCUACCCUUUCCUCAAGGGUUUGUUGGGUCGCCAAAACCGAACACCCACCAUUGUUAUUGUGUGGUCGAUUCUCUUGGCUUCCAUCUUCUCGUUGCUUUGGGUAAGGAUUGAUCCCUUCACUUCCAGAACCAGUACUGCUCAAGGUCAGUGUGGGAUCAACUGCUAGUGCCCAUCGCAUUUUGCUUCUGGAUGUUGGAGUCUCUCUCACUUCUCCCUUGCCUUGUUGAAUCAAUAGGUAAUUCCAACUUAUCCGUUUUCUCUCGCUCUCUCUCUCUCUGUAAAUAACAGCGAAAGUGCAGUCAAGGCUUAUGCUAUUGUAUUUAUCAGUCGGGGUUGACAAAGUGGUUUGUUUUUUGCAUUGUGGAAUCAGGACAUUUUGAGGUUCUCUUUUGUCAUGCUUCUUUAUUUAUUUCCCUGCAUGGGUCUUGAACCAGGCAUUGGGUUCUCCAGCAAGUCUUGUGUCGUUGUCAUAUUCGUCAGAGAUACUUUGUUUGGGACCUUAUUAAUGGUUUUCUUGUAUCUUUAUGUUUUUGGAACUUUGAAGAAUACCAGGAGAAUUUAGUAGAGCAUAAAUGAUGUAGUAUAAAGCGUGUAUUAUUGAAUCAGCAUUUUGUGAAUGAAUGUAGUUUUUGAUGA